AUGUUUGUCACUUUGCAUUAUGAUUCCCGCAGCAUGAGUCACAGUCUCUUAUCAAAUCAUAGAAAUUCUGCUUCAGUUGAAAUCAGUACUGAUUCUCCUGUUCAGAAGCCAAAAGAAAACAAAAAGAGUAUAUACAAUUUGGUUGCAGAAUCGAGCAAGUUCAUAGUUGAAGGAAAUGAAAAUAAUGAUAACUACCCAUCCUCAGCUCACAGAUAUACGGUGAAUUUUUCGAAAGUAUGCUCUAGCCAAGUAGGAGCAGAACAUAUGGAUUAUUAUGACUUUGAAUACAGAGAUUCGGGUGCAUGUUUUUAUAGAAACUCGAUUUUCAGUUGUGGUGAUCAGCAUCAAAAUUGGUUCGGUAUUAUUCCUAAUGAUGGGGCAAUAGCAAUAAGUCUAGUGAAAACGUCAAUAUAUUUCAAAUCAAAUUACGGUACAUCACCAUCAGAAGAUAAGCAAUCGCAUUCAAACACCGCUAAUAUUUCCUGUAAAGAGAGUAACUGUGAUAAGAAUCUACCAACAUUUGACAAGCAGACUGAGAGUAAAAAUCCUGGAACAAACAUGAACUAUUUACCAGCAUGGUUAGUAAUAGUUCGACGUGAACAAGGUUCAGAUCUACGUGGUUGUGUAAUUAAUAAAAGUUUAAUAGAAAACAAUAAAUCUAUAUCUUCAUUAAUCAUAACUGAACCUAAUAUAAACAAUCCUACUAUUCAUACAAGUAAUAACAGUUUAUCAUCAGGCAUCAUCACAACGAAUCUUACCAAUGAUAAUUCCUCAAUAACAGAACCAUCACUGAAGACAAGUUUAUCAACAACAAAAUCUAUAUCAUUAUCAUCAAUGAAUACAACAAUAACUACAAAUACAUCAAAUAUUUCCCAACUAAUGAUGAUGAAAAAAAAAUUAAUCAAGAAGAAUUCAGUAAAACUAAAUGAUUCUUUAUUCAAUGUUACUGAUGAACAAUUAGUAUUACAAUAUUUAGUAAACAAUGAUAAUGUUAUGGAUUAUUUAAAACCUGGUGUACCAGAUAGAACAGUUUAUGAAAAAUUAUUGAAAUUAGAUGAAAUGGAAUUAUUGAACAAUCACAAAUUCGGUGUAUUAUUGUGCCGAAAAAAUCAGUCAACUGAAGAAGAAAUGUACAAUAAUGAACACUCAACACCAGAAUUUGAAGAAUUUUUAAAGCUUUUAGGUCGUAAAGUUCGUCUUCGUAACUAUUCAGGAUAUAUUGGAGGAUUGGACUAUCGAAAUGACUCAACUGGAUUAGAGACAUAUGUUACUGAAUUUCGUGGAACAAAUAUUGUAUUCCUUGUAUCUACACUUCUACCAUAUGAACCUAAUAAAACAGAACAGUUAGCUAGAAAACGACAUAUUGGUAAUUCAUCUGUCACAUUUAUAUUUGUUGAAGAAGAUGCUAUGCCAUUUCAACCGGAUACAAUAAUUUCAGGAUUUCAAAAAGUAUUCAUUUUAGUCAAAUACAUUCGUUUAAAUAAUGAUAUUGAUGAUAAGAAUGAUUAUAAAUUUGGUUAUCGUGUAGCUGUUUGUCGAGCAAAAGAUGUACCACAAUUUGGACCAAUUAUAUCAAGUGAUUAUUUAUUUGAACAUAAUCUAUCGUUCGGCAAUCUUUUAUUAACUAAAGCUAUUAAUGCAGCUUAUGCUGUAUUGAAAUAUUCAAAAUUUCGUGAAAUUAUGCAACGUUCAAGAAGAGACUAUCUACAUCAAUUUUGUAAUGAACAUACGAUUAAUACAGAAAAUGAGAAUUUAAAACAUGGUAAAAUAAAUUUAUAUAGAAGACAUUCACAAGAUAAAUUAAAACAAUUAAAAAAUUCAAUUAAAUUUCGUAUCCAUGUAACUUCAUCAAUAGAACAUGAAUCUCUGCCAAUAAAAUAUCAUUUUGAUAGAAUAAUCCCAUUUCAUAAUCAAAAUCUUAAAUCAUUUGAUGAUUUAUAUAAAAUAAAUCAACGUGUUAAACGUAAUCAUUCGGAUAUAUUUAAAUUAAAUAAAAAUGAAUACAUACAUCUAUCAAAUACAUUUCAUAAUUUAUUUGAUUUUGGUCAAUGUUUAUAUGUUGGUUUAAAAAAAUGGCAAAAAUUAGAUGGAUGGCAUUCAGUAAUGGAAUUAUUACCUAAUACAUUAUUAAUGAAUAAUAAUAAUAGUAGUACUACUACUACUAAUAAUAAUAAUAGUAAUAUAUAUUCAACCGAUGAUUCUGUACAUAGAUAUUCAUCUAAUAAUCAUUAUUUUGAAACUCAAAUUGGUAUUAAUCGAAAUUGGUUAGUAAUAUUUGCACCAUAUACUAUAUCAACAGCUUUAGCCAAUAAAAUUUUGUUAGCUAUUCCAUUGAAUUCAAUAUUUGGUUGUUUAUUUGAACAUAAUAGAAAAGUAUUACGUAUCUAUUUUGAUUGUGGACAAUAUGUACAAAUACAAGAUAUAUAUAAUUCAUAUCAUUCAAAUGAACAAAAUACAUUAGAACAGCUAAUCAACUUUAUUUCUUAUUGUAUAUAUCCAAAAGUAUUACAAAAGUGUAGUCAAAUUAUAAUGAAAAUUAAAAACAAUUCAAUUCAUCAUAAUGAUUAUCAUAUCAAUGAUAAUGAUAAUGACCAAUUAAAAGAAUCCAAAGAAACCAUUCAUCAUCUUCAUCAUAAUCAUAAAUAUUCAACAAUGAAUGAUAAUUAUUAUUCCAUAUCAGAUAUAGGUUUAAGUUUAUCUUGUUUAAGUCCUAUUGAUAAUUAUAAUAAUAUAAAUUCAUUUCAUUCAUUAUCUUUAUCAUCACCAUCUUCAUUAUCAUUAUCAUCUAAUUUAAAUUUAUCAUCAUUUAGUUUAAAUCCAUUUCCAUAUAUAAUCAAUUUUUCAAAAAAAUUACAAAAUAUUAUUGAUUUCCAAUUCAAUAAUCAACAAAAAAUCAAUAAACAAAUUUUAUUACAAAUCAAUACAUAUCAUUUACCAGAAUUAAUACAUAUAAUACAAAGUAAAAAAUCAAUAUGGUGUUUACAAAAAUUAAAUAUUAUAUCACCAUUUUAUAAUAUUUAUUUUCCUAUAAUAUAUGAUAUACAAUUUACAACACAUUUAUUAACAUUAAUUAAUCAAUUAAAAUUUAAUAAAAAUAUAAUUAAAAUAAUUUUAUGUAAUUUACCAGAAAUUGAAAUAUUCAAUCGUGCACGUAUAAGAUGCCGUCAUAAUCAAUAUGUUAAACAUAAUAAUAAUAAUAAUAAUAAUAAUAAUAAUAAUAAUAAUAAUCGAAAAGAGAUACGUUUUUCAUAUCCUGUAACACUCUAUCCUGUCAAUCAUCAUCAUCAUCAACAUCAUGAUGAUAGAUUGAAUGAAACAAAUAAAGAUAAUUCAUUAUUACCAAUAAUUAGUUUACCAUAUAUUAUUAAUGUAUCAAAUGUAUAUUCAAAUAGAAAAAUAGAAAUAAAAAGAAAUUCACAAGAGUUUUUAAAUUCGGAUGGAAUGAAACAAUUAAAUCGAAAGUAUCAUUCAUUAGAUGUUCAACAAAUCCUCUCAAAUGAAUUGUACACAAGUACACAAUGUCAACAAAAGGCUGAUAACAAAUUAAUAACAAAAAAUGACAAUGAAACUUCUAUUGAUUUCACUUCAAAUGGUUUACCAACAAUAAACUUAAUUGAAACAGCUAAUUGUGUUCAAUCAAGAAGAAGAACACGUAAACCUGAGCUAAUUUUCAUGAAGCAAUCAAAUCAUAUGGAUUCAUCAACUGUUAGUCCACCAAAAAACGAAGAAUUAUGUUUGAAUAAAGAAACAGUAAUAAGAAUAUCCAAUAGUAAUCAUCAAGAGAAAAAUGAAACUAAUAGUGAAAUCUCUAAUCAAUCUGGAACAUAUGCAAAGAGCGUGAAUGAUCAGAAUAACUCUCCAACUCCAGAAAAUGAUAAAAUACAAGUCACUAAAAUAUCUACUACAGACCAAAAUAAUUUAAGUGAUUCUUCAUUAUCUACAUUAAAUCCAGAUUCGAAUAAAACUAAUGAUUUAUCAAUAAAUAAUUUAUCAAAUUCAAAUGCCGAUACAACAACUCAUAUACCAGUAAAAUGGAGACGUGCUAAAACUGAAAAAACUAAUUUACAUUAUAAUACAGAUGCUAGAAUUAUUACAAUACGUCGUCGAUUACAAUCAACUGGAACAAAUACAUGGAAUACGAAAUUACAUGAAAAUAUUACAUCCAGUAAAUUGGAACAAAAUCGACCAACUCAUUUAACAGUGAAUACCAAUAUGAAAUUUAAAAAUUCUUCAAUAGAUUAUAUACCACCAAUAAAACAAAAAAGUAGAUUAAAAAUAACUAAAGAAACAUUUACACAAUCUCAAAAUAUAUAUGAAUUGAAUAACCCGACAAUGGAUAAAUGUAAUAUAGAAAUUGAACAACAUUUAACAAAUAAUCAAUUGUAUGAUUUAACUGAAUUAAAUGAAAAUCAACUUCGAGAUCAUUUAAGAAGAAUAAAUGAAGAACUCCUAAUGGAACAAUCCCGUCGAAAUCAUUUGGCAAAUAUGUGUGCUGAUCUAUUGGAGGAAAAUCGUAAACUUCGUAACGGUCAAUCGGACAAUAUGAAUAAGCAAACAGAACAACAAACCGUAACCACUAAUACUUCUACUUCACCGACGAAUCAGCCAAAUGAAACGAUUUAUAAGAAUUACAACGGUAAGAAAGUCAAGUUAAGUUUUAUCAAUGGGAAAAUCAAACAGAUAAGUAGUAAUCCAAACAUAUGGAGGAAAUCUAAGGUAAAAUCUCAUAGUUUUAAUAACGAGAUAGAUUUGUAAAUGAUAUAUAUAUAUAUAUAUAUAU